AUGAGGACGGCCAGAUCGCGGCCGAUCUCUACUAUGCAGUACAAACAGAAUGCGAACGGCGAUGGAGGACAACGUCGCGGUAUCAAUAUCGAGGGCAUAUUCAUGACAUAUGACAAGGCGCAAUCCUUUGAGCACAGCGUGCUGUUGUCCGAAGAAGACGAAAUCACUAAGGAGAGCUUUGCCGAAUAUGAUAAGGCGGGUGAUAACAAGAGAGACUGUGGAUUUGGCGGGAAUGUCGUUAUACAUGCAGUGGGAAUUAAUGGGGAGAAGCAUCUGAUUAGUGUCAUUAAAGGUCAGCCGAUGAAUAGUGUUGAACUGGCAGAAGCCGCAGUGCGGAUUUCUUGA